UAUGACAGCAUAGAGGGGCGAUAUUGCGAAAGGGUAGGGUAGACAUGCCUGGACGGGAAGGGGUAUAUGACACCAUAGAGGGGCGAUAUUGCGAAAGGGUAGGGUAGACAUGCCUGGACGGGAAGGGCUAUAAAUAAUGUAUUACAAUAAGAGGGUAAAUUUAGCAUGCAAGAAAGUCUUUAUAAAGAGGGGGAGAACACCAUCGUUUUAUACAUUCAUUCAGCAACAUACACGACAGCGUACGAAUAUAAUUACGGCUGAAACCAUGGCUGGAAAUUACACGUCUUUCUACGGUAGUUCGAAAGUACACGAAGAUGUAGGAAGAGAAGAACUACAGGAAUCAGAUAAGUUAUUCUCCGAAAAUCCUUUGUUUAUAGACGAGGAACAACCUUUCAUGGAGAUGCAGCAGCAAUACCAGAACCAACAGCAGGAUCGUGAAAAUGAGAAUAGAAAAGAAGGGGUGUGGUUUCCUGGUAGAAAGAUGAAAGUACCCAACCAUCACCAAGUUGGAAGAGAGGAGGCGGGGUCUACAGGAUGGCCUAGCAAACCAGAAAACAUUGCAGACGACGAGGAAUCAAAGAUAUAUCUUAAACGUCCAAUCAGCGUAAAAGGAGGUCGUCCUAAAUACAUCGUGGCUAAGAUGUACCGUAAACGUGUAUACGUCGAUGUGAGAGAAUAUUUCGAGAAAAACAAAGAACUACUUCCCAGCAAAAAAGGGUUGACCUUAUCUAUAGACGAAUUCAGGGCUUUGUGCUCGGAGAGCCCUAACGUACACAACGCCCUACAAGGAAAAUGUAAGAGUAAAUAAUGCAAUCUUUGGUGACAAGCACAGUCGAUGCAGUUCAUGGCCUUGCACAUCACCCCACCGAGAGUCAACAUCCAUCAAGUCCAUCUACAAUACCGGUAAGUGAAUGCAACGUUUCUAUACUUAGCAGUCAUGUAAGAGAUGUGGUUGAUAGUUCCAUUACCAAUCCUGCUAGCGAUGGAGUUCAUGCAGCCUCUAGCAUUGAAAAUUCGAAUAAUGGUUGGUCAGAGGAUGAAGAUUUUAUUAUAUCGAAUCCUAAUCAUGCUAAGGUAUCUAGAAAACGAAAAUGUCCUCUCAGGAGAAGAGAUGCUCCAAUGGCUAAAAAAUCUCAAAAGCCUAAAAAUUCUUCAAAGCCUAAAAAAUCUAAGCCUGUAAUAAAGUCUAAAGCAAAAUUCGCUGCGCGUGAUAGAUUACGUAGGAAAAAAAGAGUAAAUAAUGCAGCCAAAUCCAGUUCGAUCGCUCCUUUUCAGAACAAUAUCACAGGGAAUUGGAAUAUUCCAGCCCCCUCUCACCAUUUUGGCCCGGGGAACGAGUACGUUCCAACACACACACCCCCUCCCCAUGUGAAUUAUUAUAUUUCAUCGGACGAUGAGGUGGAAAUUCCAUCAUCUCAAAAACGAAAAUCCACCCUCCAGACGGGUGGUGGAAAAACUGAUCCAAAUUCUAAAGGAGGAAAGGGUGGUAAAGGAAAGUUGAAGAAAAGCGAUUCCCUAUCUAGACAAAAUUCCCCCCAAAAGUCUAAAGCAAAAUUCGCUGCGCGUGAUAGAUUACGUAGGAAAAAAAGAGUAAAUAAUGCAGCCAAAUCCAGUUCGAUCGCUCCUUUUCAGAACAAUAUCACAGGGAAUUGGAAUAUUCCAGCCCCCUCUCACCAUUUUGGCCCGGGGAACGAGUACGUUCCAACACACACACCCCCUCCCCAUGUGAAUUAUUAUAUUUCAUCGGACGAUGAGGUGGAAAUUCCAUCAUCUCAAAAACGAAAAUCCACCCUCCAGACGGGUGGUGGAAAAACUGAUCCAAAUUCUAAAGGAGGAAAGGGUGGUAAAGGAAAGGUGAAGAAAUCUAAAAACAAGACAACAGAUACAGACCAAGACGAGUCCUCUAAUCCUGACUCUUUAUCCCCUUCAACUCAAAAUUCAGAAUAUCGCGCAGGUAAUCGUACCAGCACUCCCCAACCGCUAUGGAAUUUCGUAGAUACUCGAAUGUCAAAAAGAUUUGGCGUUCGGGAGUCCUGGUACGAUUUUGUGGGCGAUAUUCCCGACCAUGCUACUGUAAGGGAAGUUCUUUCAUACAUAGCGUCCUCUCUCGAGGAGCUAAGGCAAAUGUUACUUGAGGGAACAUCUCAAAGAGAUUAUGUUAGACUCGUGUUGGUCUCCGAUCAACUGAAUAUACCCAUUGCAUUCCCUUGGUCUACAGUUAGGGAUUUUGAUAUAAGCGCGAUUCUGGACCGCAUUGAGCGAGUUUUGAAUAGCAACCAAGACUUCAUGUUAAAACCGGGCUUUACCAUCCGUUUUCACCAUGUUGUUAACCCCGUUGGUGGGUACCGACGUAAAAUGGAUGGUCUUGCCGAUGACGAAGCAUGUCUAAGAAAAAGAUCAAUUAUUACAGUGCCAUCUUCUAUUGAAGAUAAAACAUGUUUCGCAAACGCAAUUGUCAUUGCCAGAUAUUUUGUAAAUAAUGACCCUACCUAUAAGCGUUGGUCCCGUAAUGACCGACCGCCCACCGCGGGACUAAAAAAAGAGGCUGCAAAACUCCAUGAGCUGGCAGGGGUACCGUUAGGGGAAGUUGACUCAAGCCAAUACAGUAAAUUUCAAUCCGUAUUACAACCAGAAUUCAGAUUGGUAAUUUAUAAGGGUCGUAAACAUCACUCUAGGAUUUAUGCUGGUCCUCCUGCUGACAAAAAUAUUUACCUGUACCUAUCUGAAUCGUCUCACUACAAUGUGAUAAGAAAUAUGGCGGCUUUUUUGUGUGUAAGGAAUGUAUGCAGAAAGUGUCUAGAGGUGUACAAUGACGCGCGUAAGCAUGAAUGCUGCGAAAUCUGUCCAGAUUGCUUUUCUAACCAUUGUGAUCGUAAUGAUCUCGCCAAACGUGACCCUCGUACAUGCAAAGACUGCAACAUGGUAUUCCUGACAGAGCAGUGCUUUCGAUCGCAUAGCGUGACGCUGUUCGAUAAUGAAACGGCUUGUAAUAGCAAAAACAAAUGCCUGAAAUGCGAGCGCGUGUUUGACACAAAUGUCCUUCCUGGUAAGAGGAGAGAUCACGACUGUUCUCAAGUAUUUUGUAGGAUAUGCAAGGAUUAUGUGGACGGGUCGACUCAUGAAUGCUACAUGAAGGUAACAAAAAAAAGUCCUUACUAUGUACCAUCAGAAAAAGAAAAAGAGCUAGAUAAAAUAUUUCAGAAAAAGAAAAAGAAAAAGAGCAAAUCCAAGAAAAAGAAAUCUGUUAAACCAAAAGAUGGGGAGAAUCAAAAUGAGAAAGAAAAGGAAGAUUUGCCCAUACCUCAGAAAUACAUAUAUUUCGAUUUUGAAUGUACUCAAAAUACAGGGUCCCACGUUCCAAAUCUUGUACAUGCAUCGUGGGAAUGCACCAAUUGCAUGGAUGGGAUCCCCCCCGAAGACGAAGAAGAAGGUUGCCUGUAUUGCGACUCUAAAUAUGACAGGGAAAUAACUUUCCAGGGGCGGGAGACAUUGGAGCAAUUUUGCAAGUGGCUAUUUUCAGAGGAUAACGAUGGUGCAAUAGCAAUCGCACAUAAUAGCAAGGCCUACGACUCCUAUUUUCUCCUCAAUCAUUUAAUUGCCAAAGGAAUUAUUCCAGAGGUCAUAAUGAAUGGUGGUAAGAUUAUGAGUCUGCGCACACAAGACCCCAAAAUCACGGUGAAAGAUAGCUUGAACUUUUUCCAAAUGGGACUAGCGAAAUUGCCCAAAACAUUCGGGAUACAGGAACUGAAAAAGGGUUUUUUCCCUCACCUCUUUAAUGUGGAAGCUAAUGAAAACUACGUGGGACCCCUUCCAGAUAAAAAGUAUUACGGAACAACCUCUAUGAUGAAAAACACUCUCCUCGAAUUCAAUGAGUGGUAUGACAAUGUCCCCCAAGACUACGUAUUCGAUUUCCAGAAAGAAAUUUUGGAAUAUUGUAGAAGCGAUGUGAAAAUCCUUCAUGAAAGCUGUAAGUUAUUCAGGGUUAAUUUCAAGAAGAUCACACAAACUGAAAGUAAUCCUGAUGGGAUCGACCCGUUUCAUUACAAUCUGACGCUCCCUGGCGCGUGCAAUUUGUUGUUUCGAACGAAUUACCUGAAGCCAGACACCAUCGCGCUAAUUCCUCACGAUGGAUACACUAAUCCCAAGUCCCAUUCUCUGAAAGCAGGGGAGUGGUUGCAUUACCUGUCACAAUCCUUAGGGAUUGAUAUUCGCCACGCAUUUAACGGCGGCGAACGCAAGAUUCACGGACGCUAUGUGGAUGGGUACAGAGAAGAUGGGGAUACCAAAUUCGUCUAUGAAUUUUUAGGCUGUUUCUUUCAUGGGUGUAACACUUGUUAUCAACCAGACACCAUAAACAAACGUUGCAACAAAAGAAUGGGAGUGCUGUACAAUGAAACGGUACACAGGAUCGAACUUAUGAAAAGAGCUGGGUAUACCGUUGAAGUUAUGUGGGAACAUGAUUGGGAUAGGGAGAGGAUUAGACCAGAGGUGAUUCCCCACAUCCAAAAUGUGACUGAAAAUUUCAAAGAUCCUCUCAAUCCCCGUCACUCAUUUUUUGGUGGCCGUACCGACGGAUGCAACCUUUUCUACAAGGUGAAGCCAGGCGAAAAGAUACACUAUUAUGAUUUCACCAGUCUUUAUCCUUAUAUAAAUAAAUUUGGAAGAUAUCCUCUGGGUCACCCUCGGAUUCUACAUUCUAAUUUCCCACCCAUCGAGGAAAUAUUCGGUCUGAUUCAGUGUGAAAUAACACCACCCAACAAUUUGUUCCAUCCUGUGCUUCCCUACCGUUCCUCUGGCAAACUCACCUUCCCACUCUGCGCGGCAUGCGCAGAAUCCCUCAAUCAGAACAAAUGUACCCAUCCAGACAGCGAGCGUAAACUGAAGGGCGUUUGGGUGUCGGAAGAAUUGAAAAAAGCUCUAGACAUGGGAUACCAUGAUCUGCGCAUGAUCGAGGUAUGGCAAUUUGAUCGUUCCACACAGUACAAUGUAGAGACGCAAUCAGGUGGUCUUUUUGCAGACUAUAUCAAUGCAUUCAUGAAAUUGAAGCAGGAAGCCUCUGGGUAUCCUGCCAAUGCAAAGACCCCCGAAGAGCAAAGAAAUUAUGUUCGAAAGUACUAUGAUCAUGAAGGGAUUCUGCUCGAUCCAAAAAAGAUCGAAAAAAAUCCAGGGCUACGAGCAAUCUCAAAGCAGAUCAUUAAUGUACUUUGGGGGAAAUUUGCCGAGCGCAACAAUUUGAGGCAAACAAAAUAUGUCACUACCUCCGAAGAAUUACUAAAAUUGUUUAAUGACGAUUCGGUAAUUGUGAACGACUUAAUAGUCAUGAACGAAAUGGUACAGGUGAAUUAUACAUGCAGUGAAGGCUUUGUGGAUCAAAAUGUAAAUACAAACAUAAUACUGGCAAGUUUCACCACAGCCAUGGCUAGAUUGAAGUUAUACAGUAUUCUAGAAAUGUUAGGAGAUAGAGUCUUGUACCACGACACCGAUAGUGUUGUAUUUAGGACGGACCCCUCCCUCGAACCUUCUGAUCCUAAAACGGGCGACUAUUUAGGGGAAUUGACUAAUGAAAUUGACUCGAGCAAUGAUGAACACAUAGAAACAUGGCUUUGUGCAGGUCCAAAGAAUUAUAGCUAUAAAACGAAUAAGGGGAACACGGUUUGCAAAGUAAGAGGGUUUACCCUAAACAAUGCUAACUCUCUUGUAAUAAACCACGACACUCUCAAAGAGCUCAUUCGCUCUCAUGAAGAAGAAAAACGCACAAUCCAUGAAACAAAAAUCAUACGUGACACGGAGACAAAGACCCUUCAUACCGUGGAGCGAAAGAAAGAUUAUCGAGUCGUUUUCACCAAAAGGGUUCGAGUGGGGGAUGGUUCCGAAACCUUACCCUAUGGCCAUGUAGAAAUCCCAUAGGCAAACAAAAAAUUACUAAAGUACAAUACGAUGAUAUGGUACACCGACUGGCAAUCCAUACAUGAACGGACAAAUAAAUAUAAAUAAAUACAUUAAUUAAUUAUUAUUGAGACAAUCCAUUAUUCUGAUGCGAACUGGAAUCUUAGUCUGGAUUGGUUAAAUUCAAUGUUUAUGAGAACAUCAUUAUGUCUAUUUAUACGUUGUCCUAAAGUUUUAGAUUCACUUUUUAUAUUAGCCUUCUUAAGAAGAGGUUGUCGUUGUUGUUAUACCUUGAGAUGGAUAGUACAUCAUUUCGUAGAAUUCAGCAAUCCGCUAUGAGGGGCAUUCCUCAAAAUUCAUUUCGCAUGAAUUUCAUUGCUAUUGUACUCUUUCUUAUCAUUUUAUUCUCGAAUUUUUUUCUUGAUAUAAUACUUACAAAGCAGAUCACUGGUAAUGAUACAGUGGCCUUGUCGUAUUCAAAUUCCUCUACUGGUGAAGAGAGCUUCGCUAGUUCUUUCUCCAUUGACUGAGAUAAAAUUCCUUGGUGUACUUUUUGUUUAAUAGUGUUAUGAAUAUAUAUAUAUAUUUAAAUGUCCAAUUAAGUGCUUGGGCGUUAGUUACUGUUUAGCCGUCACUAUACCCACAUCUCUUACUAGGCUGAUUUUACGUUGCAUUCACUUACACGUGUUUUAACUUUGUUAUACUGUGUAUAUAUUUAUAUUUGUCAUGGAUGUACGGAUGAGACAUCCUUUUACCAUGUGCGUUGUCGGUCCAACUUUUUCGGGUAAAACCAUGUUUGUUAAAAAAUUAUUAAAAAAUAUUCCAACUAUGUUUGACCAUACGCCAAAAAGAAUUGUAUGGUUUUACGGUGAAUUCCAAAAUGAAUAUCUCAGCAUGAUGAAUACCAUUCCAAAUAUUGAAUUUCAUGAAAACUUACCCGAGGACUUUUAUGCAUAUACAGACAGCGCAAACCCUACUCUGUUUGUAAUAGAUGAUUUGAUGGAUGCUGCAGGUGAUAAUAAAAGGGUGGCUGCUUUAUUUACGAAGGGGUGCCAUCAUAGAAAUGUUAGUGUUAUUUAUAUUACCCAAAACCUAUUUCAUAAAGGGAGAGAAUCAAGGGCGAUUUCACUCAACACCCAAUAUUAUUGUAUAUUCAAAAACUGUAGAGAUAAAAUGCAAAUAUCAUGUUUAGCUAAACAGAUGUAUCCUGGCCGCGUUAAAUAUUUUCAAGAAGCUUACGCCGAUGCAACCAGAAAAAAUUAUGGCUACCUUUUUAUUGAUCUGAAACCGGAUACCCCCGAGGACUUCCGUUUGAGAACGAAUAUUUUCCCAGGGGAAAGACAAUUUAGCUACGUCCCUAGAGUAUAAAUGAACAUUCCACUUCAGAAUCUAUUUUAUUAUCGAAAGAUGUCUCGACGUAUCAGGACACACGCUGUCCUUCUCAAGACAUUGGCACACUGCACAUCCAAGCAAAGAAAGGCGUUAUUGAAAACAGCAGACAAAGGACUUAUAGACGCCAUUUGCGAAUGCAUCGUAAACGUGGUCAACGGCAAUAUCAAAAUUUCCCCAGCUCAUAAACGCUCCCUCGCUAAGCAUAAACAAAGACUGAGAAAGCUCUCCGAUCGUCGAACUUCACUCAAGGAAAGAAAAAGACUGUUGAAUCAACGUGGAGGUUUCAUCUUACCCAUGUUAAUGAGACUCGUUGUUCCAGCUGUGGGAGCCAUCGCAAACGCUUUUACUGGAAAUAGAAAAUAAAAACAGUCAUGGAGCACACACGUAAGAUGGUUCUCGUCCCUCCAAAUAUGUUGCAAUCUCUGCAGACUGGUCCAUCUUCUUCAACGCAGCAUCAGUUAGAUGA